AUGUCAGCGUUAACGUCGAAACUAGUGGAGAUGGCGUGGCAGUACGCGGCCAACCUCAAAGCGCUCUUCACCAUCCCCCCUUUCUCCGAAUCCAUGGCCGGCGUUAUUAUUCUCUUCACCUUCUUAAACAGUAUGGCCACCUCCAUUUGGAUGUUCAAUGCGUGGACUCCGUUUGUGUUUCUGCUCUUUAACGGCAGCAACGUCGCCGUGGGCAUCGUCUCUGGCGUGAACGGGCUGUCGGAGCUCGUCUUUGCCUUGAUCAGCGGCCACGUGGCCGACAAGAUGUGGGGCCCGUCCCGCACCCUCGUCUUCGCGGUGCGCCUCGGCGUGGUCAAUUUGUGCGUUGUGAUGGUGGCGGUCUGGGCCCGCAAGCAGUGGCUGCUGAUCGUAGCGCAGAUGUUUGAGGGCUGUUACAUGGGUUUGAGCUUCACGUGCGUGGAGUCCGUCUUUGCCCAAUGCCUGCGCACCGGCGAGCGGGACCGGCUGUACAGCCUGAAGUUCAGCAUGGAGUCAGCGGGUCCGAUUGUGGGCCUCAUUUCGUCAAUUCUUCUCUACCUCGUGGUGGGUGACCAGUGGACCACUCAGGUACUGCAGAUUGUCAUGACCUGCGGACUGCUGCUCCACCUGGCUUCGAUGUUGAUCUUCUGGCAUCUCUUCAGACCCCUCCCGUCGCACCUGGACGAGCAACGGGAGGCGGCUGCCACCGAUGUCGCCAUCACGGCGUCGGCCGGCGGUGACGGCGCGGCGGGCAAGAGCGACGAGAGCACCCCCUCGCCGUCCUACGACGUGGAGGAGAAGCGGGUGACGGACACGCUGAGCGAGCGGGAGGUGGAGCUGUCUCCCAACGCGCUGUUGCACAACGCGAACACGAAGCUGAUGAACUGUGCCCGCACCUCGAUUAUCCAGAGCACGAUUCAUAUGGCCCCGCCGCCGAUGUUCAAUGCGUACGAGCCGUCGGUGUGCACGGGACACAACGACGACGGCAACGCUGCAGGCGAGGCGAUCGAGCGUGGCAGCACGGCGGCGUACGAGGUGGACAACGAGGCCAGCACGACGUGGAGUGCGACGCAGGGCGGCACCAAACAGAGCCACGGCACGGUGGAUCUGAACAACAUCCCACCCGGGGCUCACGUCGAGUACGUCGACCACGAACUGGAGGAGGCGACCGGUGUGCGCCGCUGUAUUAUGAAGCUGCUGCCGCUUCGCAUCUACCCGGUGGCGGUGGUGGUGUGCGACAUGGUGCUCAUCAUUGGCAGUGGCAUGACGACGCAGUACUUUUCGCUCUUUAUGAUGAAGGUCUAUAACAUCUCGCCUGCCGCCAUCGCCGCGCUGAAUCUGUGCAACUCCUUUGUGAUUGCCUUUAUGGCCAUUGCGAGCGGCAUGAUGGGGAGGCGCUACGGUCGCGUGCGGGCGCUGAUCCCGCCCAAGAUGAUGGGUGCCCUGCUGCUCCUGUACAUGGCACUCUGCCAACGCACCAAGUACGGCCCGCGCUCGUGGAUGUGCGUCGCGUACGUCUUCCGUAACGCGUUCAUGAACUGCUCGGCCGGCCUGUCGCGUGCGCUCUUGAUGGACCUCGUGCCGAAGGAGCGUCACAGCCGCUGGAAUGCGCUAGAGUCGGUGCAGUCGGCUGGCUGGUCUGGCACCGCCAUCCUCGGCGGCGUCAUGGCCGAUCACCUUGGCUACGGCGCGGCCUUUAUCUUCACCUUCUUUUUCCACUUCGUCUCGACGUCUGCGCUGCUGCCGUUUGCGGUGCGCAACGACUCCCGUCUGCCGCAGCCAGUUUUGGUAUACGACACUGUGUGCGCUUCCUCACCGUCGUGCGCGCCGAAUGCCACCGGCAAACGUGACUCCUCUAGCACGUUGGCAUCGAGUGCAAAGGGCCAAGGGGAGGCGGUACAGCAGCAGGUGAUAGUGGCCGAAUUGACGGCUGAAAACGUGCGCAAGAUUGCCUCCUGCGUCUCUCUUAAUCGAGAAGGUGACGCAUAG